AUGAUAGAUCACGUCUUGGGACGGCCCUCGGUCAAGUCUCGAAGGCUUCAAGUCCUAGCAGUUUUGACCUUUUGGUCCGCCUAUCUAGUCAAAGGCCACAAACAUGGUCCUCCCGGCGCUCAGUUUUUCUCAAAACUCUUCUCCAGACGUCUCACACCAUGGCAAACCGUCGUGAUAACCAUGAUCUACUUGUACGCCGCCCGCAACUUCAGCACCCUCGUCGGUCUCGCCAGCCCAGAGCCCUUGGCCAACAUGUACGACGCCACCUACUACCGGGCCACGUGGGUCCUGACCGCGCUGGACGCUGGUUUCUGGACAGCCAUGAAGAUCAAGACAAAGUGGCUGCGCGACAUGGCGAGCAUCGUCUUCUCGCUCUUCUACCUCGUUGCUGCUGAAAAGGCCGACGAGAAAGUUCGCAAGGUCCGAGGCAUGAUCACGGUCGAGCAUAUGCGCGUGUCCUGGAACAAGGGCACCUCACCGUAUCUGAGUUUCUUCCAGGGUCUUAUGCGACCGCGUUUUAUGCGGUGGCCUCCGAGGCAAAUUAGGAUCCCCCGGCCUUCCGAUAGCGAUUACAAAGAGCCUGUCCUUGCGUGGCUGUACUACGACGGACCUUUGUCGGAUCUGGAGCGUCAUGAUAGGAUAAUUCUAGAUAUUCCGGGUGGUGGUUUUGUUGCGAUGGAUCCUCGCUGCAACGACGACAAGUUAUUCUCAUGGGCGGCCAAAUCAGGACUUCCUGUCCUGAGUCUCGACUACAAAAAGGCACCCGAAUUUCCAUAUCCGUAUGCGCUGAAUGAGUGUUUCGACGUUUACAGGACUAUUAUCAAUACCAAGGGUCGAUGCGUUGGCCUGCCAGGAACAGAAGUGCCUCGAGUUAUCGUGACAGGCGAUAGCGCUGGAGGUAACCUUGCAGUCGCGGCAACUUUGAUGAUUAUGGAAACAAGACACCCGGCAUUUCGAAGACCAGGACAGGCAGACUUGCCGGCUCCGGAUGGACUCAUCUGCUUCUAUCCUGCGCUGGACAUGAAUAUUGGCAACUGGAUGACCGACGAACAAAUGUCUCUCAUCAAAGAUCGCAAGACGAGAAAGACGAAUCGCAGAAUCAUGCGACGAAAGAGUAUGCAAUACAACGAGUUGGUGGGAACUCCUCACCACUCUGAUGACGAAGAAGAUGGAUCACCGCCACCAGAUACUAAGUUGAGUGGCAAGUUGAACGGCUUGACGACAAAAGAGGCUUUGAUUGCGGCUUCUCAAGGACCCAAAAGCCCACACCCAGAGUUCUCGCACGUCGGACCUCGAUCUUUGAGCUUCCCAAAGGAAGCCCUAGAAGCCAACGGAAAGAAUUCAUCUCACCAUGUUGAACCAAUGAAGACAAGACUGGCCACAUCGUCAAUGAUCUCCUACUUUAACGAUCGAGUGCUCACACCAGAAAUGAUGAGAGCAAUGAUCAUCUUGUAUAUCGGUGCACAUAACCGCCCCGAUUUUAGCCAGGACUACCUCCUUAGCCCUGUCCUCGCACCCGAAGCCUUGCUGGUUGACUUUCCUAAGACAUACUUUAUGACAGGAGAACGAGACCCUCUUGUCGACGACACAGUCAUUUUUGCAGGAAGACUUCGCCGCGCGAAAGAAACUGCGUUCGCACAGGAACAAGCAGGAAGCAACGGAUUAGAGUUCAACGACCGGGAUGCUGCGGAAGUGAUGCUAAUCCCUGGAACAUCUCAUGGCUUUAUGCAGUUCCCGACUGUGUAUCCUCCUGCUUGGAGACACUUUGAACGAUGCGUCGAAUGGUUUGAUCAGCUUUUUGAACAUGCACAUGUCAUGCGCGUGCGAAAAGAUAGACAAUCCCGAGCUGCAAAGUCGCAGACCAAUGGUUUCGGUGUUAACGGUGAUGGAAGACAUCACCAACGCACAGAAUCCAGCGGAGAAGAGGAUAAGCCGCUGGAGAUCAGCAUGACAAAGAUGAAUCAGCGACGAAGCUCGAAUCAAGCCUCGCCGCCUAUACAGAAACAGGAUUCUGUGUCAUCGGAAGUGAAUGAUGGUAGUGGAAGCGGAGACACGACGCCGCGAGCAUACACAAAUGGGUAUCCUCUUACGAAUGACGAUAAGAAGAAUGCAUCUCGACGGAAGAGUGUGGGCUUGAACAAGAGUAGGAAUAGAAACAAGAGUCUUGUCAAGCUUAAGAGCUCUGAUGAUCUGCUUGGCCGACGUAUGCAGGGUCUUGCAAGUGGACUGACAGGGAUGGUAGGUGAUGAUGAUUGA